GCUUCACUGGACAAGGUAAAAAACUUUUCCAGCGAAACAGUAACGGACCGUUGACACGUCGUAACUUUACUUUCAGGACGUCACGCGCGUCCUGUUGAGUUUAAAUCCCUUCUGAAACUUGUUGGGUUUGUACUGAAAUGUCUUUAGCAGAGCAAAGCCUGCAGUGGUACCCCACCAGCGUUCAGGUAACGGUGCUCCAGGCGAGGGGUUUGCGGAUCAAGGGGAAAAAUGGCACCAACGACGCGUACGCCAUCAUGCAGGUGGCCAAGGAGAAGUUCAACACAUCGGUGUCGGAGAAAUGCGUCGCGCCGGUGUGGAAAGAGGAGGCCACGUUCGACCUGCCGCUCUUUCACUCCAACAACGCGGAGCGCUGCAACUUACAGGUGUGCGUGAUGCACCGGGCUGUGAUGGGACCCGACAAAACACUCGGGCAGGCGAAUAUCAACCUCCUAGACCUCAACGACAACAAAUCCCGUAAUAAAACAGAAUGGUUUAAACUGGUCAGCAAGACCGGAAAGGCAGAUAAAGACAGAGGUGAGGUGCUCCUGGACAUUCAGUUCAUGAAGAACAACAUGACGGCAAGUAUGUUUGACCUCUCCGGGCCGGACAAGUCACGAUCAAAAUUUGGGAAGCUCAAGGACAAGCUGAAAGGGAAAAAGAAAGAUGGUAUGUCGGAUUCUGCUUCCGCCAUAGUGCCGUCCGUCAGCCAGAUACUGACCGACAGUGAGGAAGAAGAGGAAACGCAUGUCACACCUGGAGCCAAAAAGAAAAAUAAACUCAAGUCCCUCUUCGUACCCAAGUCGGGUUUGCACCGUAACAUGUCUCAAUCAAUGUCCACACUCGCCACACUGCCUGAAAAAGACUCAGCCAUCAGUUUGAGCAGGUCAUCUGGCCUGAAUGUAGAGUCUCCUGAAGGCAAGAAGAAAUUCAAAUUUCUAAAACAUAAGCGCACUGGAAGCUCCGACAGCAAGGUGUCCCAAGGUGCCAGCUCUCUUGGACAGGGCACCGUGCAGAAUAGCAUGUGCAUCAACGGUAGUCACGUCUACACGGAAGAGCCGGAGACCAAAGCUUCCAGGGCUAGUUCCCCCUUUAGCCUAAACAGCUCAGGCCAUGGAUCCAUGGAAGAUAUACGCAGAGGUCACAGCAGAAAAACCUCCAACACCUCGGUGGACUCUCUUAAAACCUCAGACCUGCAAACUCAAGAAAAUGCAGCUGAAGAUAUGCGCAGAAAACAAGAGGAACAGAGGAAACAGGAAGAGGAAGUUAGGAAAAGGCUAGAGGAGGAAAAGAGGAGACAGGCUGAGGAGGAAAAGAGAGAACAGCUCCGUAGAGAGGCGGUGAGAAAAGAAGAGGAAAGGAAAUGGAUUGAGAGAGAGGAGGAAAGAAAGAGGAUAGAGAAGGAAGAAGAGAGGAAACUGGUGGAGAUGGAGGAAUUAAAGAGGAAGAAAGAGGAAGAUGAGAGGAAAAGGAUUGAGAGAGAGGAGGAAAGAAAGAGGAUAGAGAAGGAAGAAGAGAGGAAACUGGUGGAGAUGGAGGAAUUAAAGAGGAAGAAAGAGGAAGAUGAGAGGAAAAGGAUUGAGAGAGAGGAGGAAAGAAAGAGGAUAGAGAAGGAAGAAGAGAGGAAACUGGUGGAGAUGGAGGAAUUAAAGAGGAAGAAAGAGGAAGAUGAGAGGAAAAGGAUUGAGAGAGAGGAGGAAAGAAAGAGGAUAGAGAAUGAAGAAGAGAGGAAACUGGUGGAGAUGGAGGAAUUAAAGAGGAACAAAGAGGAAGAUGAGAGGAAAAGGACUGCGAGAGAGGAGGAAAGAAUGAGAAAAGAAAAGGAAGAGGAGAGGGAAAGGGUGGAGAGAGAGAUGGAGGAAAGGCAAAGAGUUGAGGAAGAGGAAAGAGAAAGGUUCGAAAAGGCGGAAAUGGUUAGAAUAAAGAAGGAACAGGAAAGAGUUAGACUGGAAGAGGAACGCAAACAGGCUGAAGAAGAGAGCAUUAGGGUUGAGGAAAGAAUGAGGGAAAUGGAGAAAAGGAAGAAAAUGGAGGAAGAAGAAAAGACCAGAUUGGAAGAAGAAAAACGGAGGAGAAUGGAGGAAGAGGAAAGAGCGAGGCUUGAGAAGGAAAGACAAAGGAAGGAAGAGGAAACUCAAAGGAUCGAGAUGCAACGAAGACAUACUGAAGAAGAGGAAAGGCUAAGAAAGGAAAAGGAAGCGGAGGAAAUGCAAAAAAGGAAAGUGGAAGAAGAGAAAAGAAAGACUGAGGAGAAAGAAAGUCUUUCUCUGAAAGAAAGGCUGGAAAAAGAGAGGUUGGAGAUUGAGAAGAAGAAAAUGGAAGAAAGGAUGCGAGAGGAACAAGAGAGAAAGAGGGCUGAGGAGGAAGAGAAGAGGAAGUUGAAAGAGAAAGCAACAGAGCAAGAGAGAAUCAGACAAGAGGAAGAAAAAGAGAAGCAAAGGAAGAUGAAAGAACAGACCAACACCACUGAGAUGAAGCCAGAGGUGAAGCCCAGGAGUGCUAGAUUGAAUACGGUGAUGAAAGCAGAGAAACAUGAUGUAAUUGGCUCAGAAUACGUCCCCUCCGCCAAUCCCUUCGAAGAGGGCCUCCCAUUCGACGAGAAUUCCUCCAAUCCCUUUGAGGUUCCUCAACCUGAAGCUCUCAGUUGCUCAGCCAAAGUAUCUGCAGUAAAGCCAAGUUCUUCUGUCUCUGGAAGAUUCUUUUCCCAAGCCUUGGUGCCAAACACCAACCCGUUCUUAGAUGACUCUAAUGCCAAUAGUGGCAACACAGAGAUCAUUGUCAGUCUUGGAGAUGGUGCAGAAAAGUCAGAGAACAAACGACGUGCCCCAAUGCCUCCCCAGAACAAGACUCAGAUUGGAAAACCAGAUGUUUCUUCAAGAGACCUUUCAAGUGCAUCAAUUACUGGAGCCACACAAACUUUUUCAUCUAGAGCAUCUGAGGACAGUGAAGACUCCGAUCUCUCUUGUUUACGACGAGACAAACGCCCUGCACCUUUACCACCAGAUGUCUCAAAGAACAAGCAAGAAGUUUUGAACUCCGAACAUGCAGACCCAUCUACAAAUUAUCUGCAUACUGGAGAAUGGAGAACACCUAGUUUUCAGGACAAAGGACAGUCUGGUAAAGAUGAGACAAGGAGCUCCAUGACAGACAUUUUAAGCAGUACCAGAUUACCACAUCUUAGCCAGAGUCAGCCCAGUAUUGAAGCAGAAACCAACCCUUUUAUAUCUGUUGGUUUAAGAACAGCUAAACACAACAAGGGGCCAGCACCAGCAAAGCCCUCAGCAAAAUCGAUAGAGAGUUCUGAACCUGAACCCAACAACCUAGCAAUUGAUAACCUAAAUUUGAAUGAAAAUACCAAAGUGAAAUCAGCUGGCAAGCUUGAUAACCUAUCUGUAGCUGACGUGCCUUCCACAAAACCUGAGCUUGUGCAUUCGAAUUAUACCGAUAGUCUUUCUUUAAGAGAAAGUGGACAAGAAGAAAUGCCAGCAAAGUAUAAACAAGACUCUCAUAGAGAAGUUGUUUCUUCAAGCUUGGAUUCAGUUCUGAAUGUAGAAAAUGUCCCGCUUGAGAGUGAUGCCAUGACUGGAGUCUCCAAAAAGAAGAGUCAGGCCCCAUUGCCUCCUGUGAAAUUGGCAACAAUUGGUGAACCGAACUCAACAAGGCAGCCUCCAGCAGGCGUACUAUUUGGUCAGCCCAAUUGGCAAGAUGAAGACAAGACGUUAACUAUUAAUAGUGAUGUUUCGACCUCAAGUUUUUCCCCAUUCCUAAUAAACUCAUCCUCAACCCCUAGCCAAGCUCUUGGAACAGUGCAUGAGAAGAAUGAGUAUGGUCCAGUGAGAUUGGAAACCGGUUACAUGUCAGGGCACAAGUUUCUUCCACAGGCCAGAGUGUCACCUAUUGAUGCACAGCCAGUUGUUGGGCAGAGUAAUGGAAGUGAAAGAGAGAGAACAGAGGAUCCUGCAUCCAAAUCCUGCAGGCCCCAUGCAGUGAAACCCCUGAGCACCACUGAGAGGCCACCAUAUCUUAUAGAGACACAAGACAAUUCCAGAUCCACUAAAAUGAUUGAUGGCGUGCAAGCCAAGAUGAAGGCCCCGGAGGCUAAAGGGACAGGGCGCUACUCGCAGCUGACCCACGAAGAGCUUGUCAACUUGUUGGAAAAGCAAAAAGAACAGCUUUCUCAGAAGGACUCUAAGAUUGUGGAACUGGAGCAGUAUAUAGACAAACUUCUGGUCCGUGUCAUGGAGGAGCAACCCAGCAUCUUAAUGUCCUUGAGCUCUUUGAAGAAGUCAGUUUGAGGGACUUCAAAUUGGGCAGAAGGUUAUACACAAUGGUUUUGUAUUAUACUGCGCACUGUAAUUGCAAAUGUGGGAUGAAAAGCAAUAUAAAGUUGUGGUGAAAUCACAGAGAUCUUUCACUAAAGCCAGUGGCUUAAACUUCUAGCACACUACUGAGCUGAAGAUCUGGUUGAUGUAUACCUGAUUUCUGAAGCCUCACACAAAAUUUUGAAAACCAAAAUGUUUUUAAAGACAUUUGGCUUGCUUCAGAUCCACCUAACCAUGUGAUUGUUUCAUGCACACUCUUGUACAUGUUGAACUAAGUCUAAUAUAUAUACGUACGUACACACACACAUAAUGUAUAUGUAUUUUUCCCAAAGUUCUUUAAUACUGUCCACUGUCUUUUCCAUUUGAAUUCGUAUUCAGUCAGGUGUGUGUGUAUUUUGUUUACCCUUUAUUGGUCAUCUAUUGUAAUUGGUCUGUGUUUUGGUCAAAUCGUUCAAGUAACAAAACAAAUGAAUAAAACUGUACACUCAAUAUGCAAAAUAUUUUAUGUAAAUUUGCAAAGCUCUAUUAUGUUACAGAACACUGUGUUGAUACUUAUGUCAACUGUUUCCUUUUUUAUAAAGCACUUUAAAUGAAUAAGUUUAUAUGUAAAUAUUGGAAACUGGAUCAUUUGUAUGCUAUGCCUUUUUAAUAUAACCUGGCAACUUUAUUAUUCUAAGGCUUUGAAAUAAAGAAUGUCACCGGUGUGGCCUUGCAGAGA